AUGGCACAGACGCCCCCUUCCAAUGGAAGGGCGGGCGACAUCCGCAUCUGGGUCAUUUCUGGCUUCUUCCUCAUCCUCCUCAUCACAGCAGGAGUUUUGCUAGUUCUCUACUUUGUCCUCCCAGAAUCAGAGGUGACUGUCUGGUUCCCGUCGAUCGCAAUGAUCUUGGUCGGGAUCCCAUGGGCGUUCUGGAUCAUGACAUGCUUCUAUAGGUACAUGACAGCAAGGGGACCGGAGAUUGUCAACCGACAGCCAAACAGGGUCAGAACAGUCACCCCCACGCCGAGUAGUAGGACCAGCAAGACCAGUGCAGCAAACAAUUACUCGCCGAUCAAUUCCCCGGGCAGCGCUAGGAAUGUGCAUUGUGGAGCAGCCGCCACCCCUGGAGGACUACAAGGGUUGGCAGGCGGAGCAGAAGCAAGUGGUGCAAAGGUGGAUGCCGAUGCUGACCGAGAAUUCGAUGCCACAAAUAAACCAGCCAAUUCCAACAACGAAGGUUCGUCGCUUGCAUCUCAUGAGAGUGAAAUGCCCUUAGCAUUGUCAAUGUCAUAGCAAUGGGAUUAUCAAUGCCUUCUAGCAAGAAACUUUGAUUAUACUGCAUCUCAGAGGUUAAGAUAUUAAUGUUAUCAUCAGUACUGGACCUUCAACUGCUGUUAGAGAUGAAGAAUGGAGGCAAAACAAGAAUAUAAUCUGUGAGCUGCCCAUGUCUUGAUUACCUACGUCUGUAUAUUUUUUUCCCCACAUUCAAUUUAUAGAGUUCAAGAGUUACUAUCUUC